UUCUACUCUUCUCUACACCUCUCCUUCUCUCACUCUCGCAUUCUCAAGGAUAGCUUUCAUCUCCCAUGGCUACCCUCCUCAAAACGCUGCCGUUUAAGUCUCCUCCUGCUCUAAAUCCACGUGUUACUACCUUAAACUCUUCAAAGGCCUUCCAUGUCUGCUUCAAACAAAGACUUCCUCGUUCGAGCCGUCCCCUCCGGUUCAGCUUCACUCCCUCUCUUCGGUUCGUCAAGUUGGUUCCUUUUGCUGGUGAAACCGGAACUACUGAUACCCAACAAGAAGUUCAAGAAACCCAAAUUGAGGACUCCUCAGAUGGUGUUGUCGCUGCGGAAGACGCUGCUGCUGCAGAUGAGAGUAGUGAUGCUGAAGAAAUAUCUUCUUCGGCCAUUUCAUCGUUACUUCAAUCAUACAAAGAAGCUUUGGCAAGUAAUGAUGAGUCAAAAGUUGCUGACAUAGAAACAUCUUUAAAAUCCGUUGAAGAUGAGAAGGUUGAUCUUGAAAAGAAAAUGGCUUUUCUGUUAGAAGAAUUGUCAACGGAGAAGGAACGGGUUCUUAGGAUUAGUGCGGACUUUGACAACUUUCGCAAGAGGACCGAGAGAGAGCGCCUUUCAUUGGUAUCGAAUGCCCAAGGAGAGGUUUUGGAAAAUUUGUUGCCUGUUUUGGAUAAUUUUGAGAGAGCUAAAGCCCAAAUUAAGGUCGAGACAGAGGGAGAAGAGAAGAUCAAUAACAGCUAUCAGAGCAUAUACAAGCAGUUCGUGGAGAUUUUGGGUUUGGUCGGCGUUGAACCUGUGGACACAGUGGGAAAUCCUUUUGAUCCAAUGCUGCAUGAAGCGAUCAUGCGCGAGGAUUCCACUGAAUUCGAAGAAGGUAUCAUUCUUCAAGAAUUUCGCAAGGGGUUCAAGCUUGGAGACAGGCUGUUGCGACCGUCAAUGGUUAAAGUAUCAGCUGGUCCAGGGCCUUCGAAGCCCGAACAAGGGGAGUCAUCAGAAGGUACAGGUGUAGGUGAAAACACCGAGACCAGCGAAACCGUUGAGAGCAAUGAAACCGCUGUAAGCAGUGAAACUACUGAAUGCCAUCAAGAAGCAGAAUCUUCUUGAAGACUAGAUAGAGAUUCAUGGAUUCAGUUUUGUAUAAGCAACACAUAUUUACCUCCAUUAUUAGGAUCUCAAAUUUUGUUUGUGAUUGCUGUGGGAUGAUAUAUUGCUGUUAAAUUUUUUAUCUUUUUUUCUGGAGCAAUGAAUUUACAUUGAGAUGAGGAAAUAGAAUGCCUUCGGGACAAUAUCUG